CACCAAAUGUCUGAUCAUGAGCAACAUGGGUUUCAGAGAUGCCUAUCCCCUUUCUGGUGUAGUAGUGAUGAUUCCUCUCCCUGUCUCAAUAUUUCUUCCAUCUCUGUCACUCCUGUCAACUUGCCUGAUUCCAGACUGUCAUUGGGACCGUUAAUACCACCACCUUCUAAAUGUGGCCUUCUCAAACCAGUCAGUGAGAGCAGCAUCCCAAGACCUCAUGCAGGCAGUAUGACACCUAAGUCACCCUCCACUGACAUCUUUGAUAUGAUUCCGUUUUCUCCAAUAUCACAUCAGUCUUCAAUACCUACUCGCAACGGAACACAGCCACCACCAGUACCUAGUAGAUCUACUGAGAUUAAACGGGACCUGUUUGGAGCAGAACCUUUUGACCCAUUUAACUGUGGAGCAGGGGAUUUUCCUCCAGAUAUUCAAUCAAAAUUAGAUGAGAUGCAGGAGGGGUUCAAAAUGGGACUAACUCUUGAAGGCACAGUAUUUUGUCUCGACCCAUUAGACAGCAGGUGCUGAUGUCAAGAACAAGAGAUCCCAACUUAUGUUAAAUGUGUUUAUAUAUAUGCCUCAUUCAUUAUUACUUUAAGAUAGUAUUAUACAUGUGCCAAUGUUUUUGAGUAUCUUAACACUUUGAAAAUUAUUUCAGUAAAAUUUCCUCACUUUCACUAUGGAUCUGUAAUUUUUAUUUUUUUAAAAACUUACUAUAAAAUAUUUCAUAAUUUUGCCUUCCUUUCUUCUUUUGUUGUAGAUGAAUUUAUAAUUGAAAGGCAAAUUACACAAAUGUCUGCCUUGUGUCUGAGUUCUAAGUAAUUAGCAGCUUGAAAUUUGGUUCACUUUUUAGGCUGCUAGUUGUUUAUUGAUACCCCAAAAGCCAUAAUGAUACCUUUUAAAAUUCUGAAGAGAUUAAUACCAAUGCCAAAUGAAAUGUGGUCUAUUUUCAGCCCAAUAAGCAUGUUAUCAUUCAUUAGACAGAUAUCAUUUUAUGUAUAAAAUGCUGUUCACAUCACUGAGAAAAUGUAAACAUUGAAUAUAAUGCCACCAGAUCACUAAUUUUUAGCAGGCAAAACAGCAAGAAUAUAAAUUCCAAUAAUAAACCAAAUAUCUCUAGAAUAUUUAUUAAUUAGCAAAUACAAGGUGAUAAUGUAGUUAUUAUCAGUUGUGCUCUAAAUAUUUAAUUUUUUAUAUAUAAAGAUUGUGAAAAAUGAAAAUUUGCUAUUUACAAAAAACUUAAAAUAAAAUUUUACUUCAAAUUAGAUGUUAUAAUUUCUAAACAUCAUCUGAUUCAAUA